CGAACGAAACUUUCUCGACGCUCUGCACCAGUGCGAACGGACGCGCGCGCUAUUAUUCGUGCGUUUCGUACUUUCGCACAACGUAAUAAAUAAUAUGUUUUAAGCGUAUAAAAAUAUAAUAUUAUAAUACGCGCACUAUAAUAUUGUACAGGCACUCGAUUAAUGAUAUCGAUUAAUACGUGCAUGUAGGGUUUUACGUCGUGUGUGUUGCUGUUUGAUUAUGAGAAUAACAGGUUUUUAUUUUUAAAAAUUGUAUAUAUUAUUAUUACUGUUUUCUCCGUCACGCCGUUGAGCAUUGAUGAAUCAUGAAUAUUAUCAAUACUUAACGAGGAAAAACAAACUGUUCGGGUUGAACGAGUCCGAUGUGCACAUUCAGUCGUUCAGACGUCGCCAUUAUUAUAACUAUUAUUAAGUCAAUAUAGUAAUAGUCGGUUACGUCGUUUUGUGGAUUCAAUACCGGACGACGUGUUGCGGUGGCGCCUGGCUAGCAGACUCGAAAACAAUCGAUUUUCACGACAGUGUCGUAGUACGUUUUUCGUGCGCGUGUCGUUACCAAGCUUUUACGUAAAUCGUAUCGUCGACCGCGGCUCUUUUCCUUUCCAGUCGAAUACCACCAGCGGCACCACGCUGACACGGCACCUGCGUCUCCCCUCGGACCACCUGCCUGCCAAUCAGUCGUCCAGUCGUGUGUAUAAUAUAUUAUUAUUGUAGUGAAGACGUAAAAAGUGUUAUCACGGGAUCGCAAUGGCAGCUGCUUGAUGCCGCUGUAACAAUAACAAUGGAUUGAUGAUAACGUUUUUUUUUUUUUUACGUUUAUAAUUUUAUAAUUCAUUGCUUACGAUAAUAGAAACAAAAGACCUAACGGAAUAAAAAUCUCCGUCGCUACUAGCUAGUUGUCGGGGAUCGAUCGUUUGGAACCUUUGUUAGUUUUGAUUUCUUAUGCUAAUUCACAAAAAGCAGCCGCCGUCGAGGCGGUUGAUUUAUGACUACAAACCUUGCAAAUCGAAUAAUUUCGAUACGUGCAAUAAUUUAUUUUCGUAACGAUGCAUUGAUUCUACUGGCCGUGUGGACUUCAGAAAAAUGGUCACUGUCAAUAGCAACAACAACAGCAGCAGCACCAGCAAUUCAACACAAUUAGUUGAAACAGUGUCAAUCGAUUAUGACGACUUCAAUGAUGCCUUUUUGACCUGCGCAACUUGUCUGUGCGUAUACGAUGGAGUUGAACGUGCACCGAAACUCUUACCGUGCUCACAUACAGUGUGUGUUCACUGUUUGACAAGGAUUGCAGCAGCUGCUAACAAUCGACGCACAACACAAGACUUGAACAAUGGCCGAGGCAGUGGUAGUAAUACUAUACAAUCUCAACAACAACAGGAAUCUCAGACUGCUCAACAACAGCGGCAAACCUUUAGGUGUCCAAUAUGCAGGGAACUUAUAGUCGUUCCUCAAAAUGGUGGGGUCACAGCCCUCCCUCCAUCAUUUCUAGUCAAUCAACUACUCGAUUUGAUAUCUACUCAUAGACGACGCACCUUAAUACCAACAUGUUGUGGGGGUGGUGUAUUAUCUUCACACAUUAAUCAGGAAUUGCUGUAUUGUGAAACAUGUGAUCAAGUAUUUUGCUCGGUUUGUACUAAACACGAGACAGCAAUAGGCGGAGGCACCCUUAUUUCAUCUAAAUCUCCACCAUUGGUUCAUACAAUCAUACCAGUAUCUGUAGCUAUGAAACGUACAUCUGAAAUAAUGUUGUAUAAAGCUAAUGAAUGUGUUUCAAAAUUGAACUGUUCGAGGGAUGGAGUAUGUGCUGAACUAGAACGUUUAGAUACUGCUCGUAAUGAAUGUUUAUCUACUUUGGAUGAUACAUUUAGUGAUCUGAUGAACAUUAUAGAAGUCCGUAAACAACAAUUGCAACAACAAAUACAUAAGGCAUGUGAUGCAAAAAAUAGAAUUUUGAGUCAACAACUCUCAGCUAUUGAUACUGAAAAAACUAAAGUUAUGGAUGAAUGUGGCAAUGUCAAUCAAUUAUUGGACGUACAAUCCAUUAAUCAACGGAUACAAAUUUUAAAUGAUCGUUUGCAAAAACCUACAGGCGGUAUUGAAGAACCACGUGAAAAUGCUUUUAUUGCCUUGGAUUUGGAUCUAACAGCAAUAAAAAAUGUUGUAAAUAAUGCUAUUGGACAAAUGGGUUGUGUACGCACUACAACUACUUGUCCUGGUAAUUGUACACUGAAUGUGGCUGAAUCAAAUGGAGAAAAUUUGUUGAUACCUCGCUUAGUUGAUACACAGGUUGCUACUUUAACAGCUGUUGACUAUGAUGGGAAUCGACGCAAUUUGGGUGGUGAUCCAGUAACUAUAAAAUUAAUUGGACCUUUGGAUGACACACAACAAGAAAUGGGUCCAAACAAUUUAGGGAAUCAACACCAAUAUAAUAAUACCAGUGAUGAUGGAGUGCGUAUUAUUGAUCAUAAAAAUGGCCAAUACACAAUCCGUCUGUGUUUAUCUAAUUGUGGCAGAUAUAAACUUCUUGUUUAUGUGCUUGGUAGACCUGUAGCAUGUAAUGGUAAUACUGGACAUAUUGACUUUUCUAUAAUAAAAAGUAUUGACCCUAUAUGCCAAUAUAGUAGAGGACCUUCAAUGCAACAGCCUGUUGCAAUUGCUGUAGAUCACAAUUCCGCUAGGGUGUAUGUUUUAGAUACUGGAAAUUGUCGCAUAAGAGUGCUUGAUACUCACUUAAAUUAUAUAUGUGAUGUACAAAACAUUGAAGCUAUGCGAGGUCGUUCUUCAACUGGUAUUGGUUUAUUGAGUGAUGAUACAUUAGUUACAGUUAAUUGGCGUACAAACACAGUGACUCAAAUGACUUUAGAUGGUGAAACAGUUAAGUCGUGGACACAUUCGAGUAUGAUUGAGCCUAUGUGUGUUGCUGUGGACAGAAUUUAUGACCAUGUAUUGAUAGGGGAUUCUUCAUGUAACAUACAUGCAUUUAAAGCAGCAACAGGACAACAUCUAUUUACAAUAAAUAAUAAGAAAAGUAAUGGGAAAUCGGCUGAAUGUGUUGGUACUUUUAUGGCGAUUGGGCCACAUUCACAGAUAAUUGUAAUUUCUGGUAUAACUACAACUGGAUGUCGCUGUUUAGAUAUAUAUUCAUGCAAAGGCACUUAUGAGCGGUCAAUUACAGUUAUGACAACAACAGAUAAAUCCACACAUUUAUAUAGCUCAUUGGCUACUUGUAAUAAUUUUAUACUGGCUACUAGACGCCACUAUAACUCAUACGUAAUUGACUUGAUUGAUAUGGAAACUGAAAAAUUAGUGAAUACUGUUGAUUCCAAUGGCUGCAAAUUGCGUCGUCCAGCUGGCAUGGUAGCAUUUUCCGAACUUCAAGAUUCUGUUAUCGAUGAUAGUCAACAAUGCUCAUCGUAUUAUUUAUUGGUGACUGAUGUGGCAGCUGAUAGCGUAAAAAAAUAUCAAUUUUUUUAACUAGUAUUAGUCUACUACUUAUUAAACAAAAAAAUACUCGUCUACUUAAUUAUGUAUUAAAACUUAUUAAGUUAUAAGUCUAAAAUAAUUAUAUGUGUUGAAUAUUCUUCUCUCUUCAUAUUUGUGUACUAUGUUUUGUAUAGUUAAGUCAUUCUGUUUUAAAAAAAUAUGCCAUGUUUUUAAAAUUAAUAGUUAACAUAUGUUUAGAGAGGUUAAUAUUUAAUGAUCCUAUUAAAUUUAUUCAAAAGCUAAAAGCUCAAUUGUAUUUAAUGUGUCUAAUUAAAUAUUAAGGCUAUUAUUGAAAAAUGUUUAUAAUGUAUGUAUAACAUUUAUUGGUUAUGAAUUUUGCUGGUUUUAUAUAUUGACCUUUAUGUGCAAAGAUUUAUGCCACAUUUUAAAAUUAUACCAACCAUUUCAUAUAAGUCAGAAUGAUUGUACUAAAUGCUAUAAAUAUGUAUUCUGUUGUUCAUAUUCUAGUCAUAUGUAUUUGUUUUAUUCUUUACUAUACUAUAAGGUAAAUAAUGUAUCCAGAGUUUAAAAUACCACUACUUAGUGUAAAUAUUUAUAUUAGACUUAUUGUGUAAUCAUGUAUGUUUGUAUUAAGAAAAAAAUCAUAAAUAAUGUGGUUAUCUUAUAGUUUAUUUAAUGAUGAUAUUAUAACACAUCGAAUUACUUAUCAUAACACUAACUUAGAAAAAUACACGUUUUAAUGUCAAAUAAAGAAGAACAACUAAAGAACA